AUGAUGAUUGUAUCCGAAAAUAGGGCACAAGAAUCGCUUGAUCGCAACGGUUCCACAACACCGACCGGACCGGAGCCGACGGCUUUCAUAAUAGCGCUGGACUUCGACGACAGUUCCCCGAAGAAGAAGAUGAACAUUAAGGACAGUAUCCGUCAGUUCGCACCGCCGAAGCCCGACUCCAUCGAAAAGCAGCGACCGGUGCGGUCGGCGCCCAGCGAUAGUAACCACACCAACAGUGACGGCAAUAGCAGGAGUGGUGCGAAAGACAUAUUCGGUCGCCGAAGAGGUUCAGCCAAUGAGUGCAAGAAUCAGAAGCUAUUGAAUCGAGUGAUGGAUAGCGGCGGUGGUGGUGACCGGGGCGGCCAUCUGUCCGAUUCGGCCACUUAUCUCAUCAAUCGUAUGCUAUCGUACGCCACGGCUAAGGAUAAGACAAAUGGCCGACAAGUGAGGGCUAACGGUGUGGCGGACGCGAAGAGUAGGCCUCAAGAGGUUGAGUGGAGGGGAGGCCGUGGAGGUGGGGGUGAGAAGGACAGUGGUGUGUCCGAUGACAAUAAGAGUGAGACGGGUACUUAUACGGUGGCCGUGGAUGACGACAACGCGGAGCUGGAAACGGCGCGCAAACAGAUUGACACGAUUUUUGGCGUUUCCGACGAUAAUAUGACGGUUUCGCUGAACUCGUCGCUCGCGUCGAGCCUUAAUUCGCCGACACUUCUCAUGAACAUCGAGGACAGUGUCGCCAAAGCGAGACAAUCGCGCGACGGGUCGGCCGGUAAGGGAGUGGCGGCUAAGGCGCCGGUGGCCAGCGAUAGGCAACGAGUGGUGACCAGAGAUUACGACGAGUUGUCGCAGAGUUUGGCGAAUAGGGAUCACAACUCGACGUUCACGCGGACCAAACGCCGGCCCCCGACCGUCGAGGAGAUGCUCCACCAGAAUGUCGACCAUUUCAGAGACAAUAAGCCCGUGAAUGAGCGGAAAGACUGUUCGCUACUGAGUAGUAGUGCCGCGAAUAACGCGUUGAACAAUAAGAGUGUAGUGUCUUAUAGUCAGCACCAGAGGAAUGAUUUGUCGAAAGUUAGUAAUAAUAACAACCGAAAUACGGCUAAUAAUAGCAGUAAUAAGGCGCCGGCGGUGAGUGUGUCGGCACCGUCCACUCCGCGCUCGCCGUUUAUGUCGCGAAAAGUGUUUGAAUUGAAGUCAAAGGCGGCGCCCAAAGGACAGCCGCCGGACGGUAGUCGCCGCAAGAACUCGUGGAGUCACUACUCGGACGCCGACACAUACGAGUCGUAUCAGUCGGACGACAGCACACACAGCAGUCACCGGAGCUAUAACUCGGGGAACGGUAGCACAUCGUGCGGGUCGUCAGUUCCGUCCAAAAUGCGGUUCAAUCGGGCGUUCGCUCUGCGGAGGGCCCGACUCGGCAUCGAUACGCCCGGCGUUGAGCUCAAUGUGAAUAAAAGCGGCCCAAAAAGCUCGGGCGUGUCGUCGACGACGUCCAGCGCCGGUAGACAAGCGACGCCUCAGAAGCCGGCGACCAGUAGUGCCGCGAAUGGGUUCAGCCGUUCAGAUGGCGGCCGAUUCAGUCUCCGGGUAUCGAACACUGCGACAAAUAAUUUACGCAAAAAUGUGCCGCAAAUGAACAGAAUGUCGACCUCUCGAGAGAAUGUCAGCCAUACUAAUGGUGUGCUGCAGCGCAAGGGCAGCGACCCUACCGGUGCUCAGUCUGUGAUAAACCCGUGGAAAUCACGGUCGGCCGCGUCCGACACGGAUCGCCGAUCGAUGAAUAGUAACGCGAAUCGUGUGAACAAUUGGAGCACUAGUUUACGACAGGAUAUACACCGGCAUUACCUCCAGAAGAGCCCCUCAUUCGCUGAUAGGAAUAAAACUGCCGGCGCUGUCAGUGUGACGAGAGAUCCGCCCAUUGGUUUGCCGACACCACCGCCGGCCAGACGCGUGGCACCCGUCCGCAGUGUCCCGCAAGUGGGCUAUCAAUCCGAGUCGGCGAUCCCCUCAUCACCACAACCCUCGCCGUCACCGCAACGCAAACCACCCGUAAGUCAGCAAAAGGCGGCCAAACCGGGCCUCGAGUUGAGUGCGUUGGACGGGUUGGUCGUGUCGGCCAUCCAUCAGUUGUCGCAGAAGUUGCGGUCAAACAUGCGGUCAGUGUUGGAGAGCCAACGGCCCAAACACGAGGCCAACAGCGACACGGCGUUCAUGAUUGACGAGCUGUUGCCGCAGCUGUCCUCACCGGACAGGCGGUCGGCCGCCGAGAGUGGUGUCAGUGUCAGCAGAGAUCUGUCGGCAGUGCUUAAGAAUCUGAAGAAAUUGGAGCAUAGCUUCGACGUUUUGAAUCUAGCGUUGGAUCCAAACGCACCGCCCCCUCGACGACAAUCCAACGCCUUCUUCGUGGUCGACGCGUGUAUAUUGACGGUCAGCGACACCUGUGCUGGUGAGCCAUCGCUGGACAAAAGCGGACCACUUCUGCGGCAACGAUUGGUGGCUAAAGACUAUGUGGUGGCGGACACGGCUAUCGUCGCCGAUGAUGGCCUACAGAUACAGGAAACACUUCGCAAAUGGUGUGACACUACGGGUGCGGACCUAAUCAUCACCACCGGUGGCACUGGCUUUACAGCACGCGAUGUGACUCCAGAGGCCACCAAAGCUAUUGUGGACAGGGAGGCCCCGGGUAUUACAUACGCGUUGAUUAGCGGCUCGUUGAAAGUGACACCAAUGGCUAUGUUGUCGAGGUUAAGCGCCGGUAUUAGGGGGUCGACACUCGUCAUCAAUUUCCCCGGAAGUGCCAAAGCGUGCGACGAGUGCCUGACUAUUGUGGAGCCGGUGUUGGGCCACGCGAUCGACCAGUUGAGGGCUGACACCAGUCGCACAGCCCUAACGCACCAACACAUCCAACAGCAGCUCAAGAGCAAAGUGCAGCUCAAGGGUGUGGGCUUUCGGGACAGACACUCGCCGUACCCCAUGAUCUCGAUGGACGCCGCCAUCAACAAGAUUAUCGCCGAAGUCGUGCCCAUCAAAGACACUGAACUCAUAGCUAUUGACAAUUGGGAUCAACUCAAUCAUCGCGUAUUGUCUUCCGAUAUCUGCGCCGCUGUACCAUUACCACCAUUUAGGGCUUCCGUUAAGGAUGGAUAUGCGGUGAUAGCAGCUGAUGGUUGUGGUGAUAGGAAAGUGCUGUCGCUGGCGGCCACCGCUGGCCAGUCGGUGGAGACCAUACAACUCACACCCGGCCAUUGCAUGCGAAUCAGUACGGGAGCGCCGGUGCCAUCGGGUUGUGAUGCCGUGGUUCAGGUCGAGGACACCAAGACUGUGGAACUGACACAAAGCGGCGAAGAGUUAGUGAUAUCUAUCGAAAAGGCGCCCAAAGAGGGUCAGGAUAUACGGCCAGUGGGUUGCGAUAUCGCAUGCGAUGGCCAACCAGUGGUGAGUGCGUCGACACAAUUGGGUUCAAUAGAGUUGGGACUCUUGGCCUCCAUUGGUGUCCAUCGGAUUCCGGUCUUCAGGCGACCCGUUGUGGCCGUUAUGUCGACCGGCGAUGAGAUCGUGAGUACGGGUCAGGCGUUAAGGGCCGGACAGGUGUGGGACUCGAAUCGACCCGUUCUUCUGUCACUUCUGCGCCAAAAUGGCGUCCAAUCCGUAGACCUGGGAAUAGCUGCGGACGACGUGCACGACGUCUACAGACGUAUGCGAAGCGGUUUAGAGGCGGCGGAUGUGCUCAUCACUAGCGGCGGCGUAUCGAUGGGGGAAAGGGAUGUCCUGAAGCCGGUGAUGGAGCGGGACUUCGGCGCCGACAUACACUUCGCUCGCGUGAACGUAAAGCCCGGAAAACCCGUCACAUUCGCCACAUGUCUCGUCAACGGCUCCAAGAAAUACAUUUUCGGUUUACCCGGCAAUCCCGUCAGCGCUUUCGUCACAUUUAAUCUGUUUGUGAAGCCAUUGCUGUCGUGUCUGUCCAACAGAGACCGUGCGGUCACCGACUCGGAGGUGGACAUCAAGACCUACCAGCGCUGCCAACCCGUGCGCCUCGAGUUGGCCUCAAAAGAGCACCGUUUGGACGACAGGCCGGAGUUGGCCAGAGCUGUGGUCGCCUACAGCGCGGGCGCAGGUAUGCCGACCGCUCGUCUGACGGGUGAUCAGCGCAGUAGUCGACUCCUGAGCGGAAGGGAUGCCAACGCUUUGGUGUUAUUGCCGCAGAAGUCGCCGUCCAAUGAGACGAUUCGCGGCGGAGAUAUUGUCACCGCAUUCCUCAUCGGUUAACACCAAUCGAUAACUCAGUUUUUGAUAAUAAAAACCAUUUUCUAAGCAUUUAAUGAACGAA